AUGGCAGCAUCUGAGAGCUACGUCUCGAAACUCCAGCAAUAUUGCGCCACGCACCAAAUUGCUCAGCCUCAGUUCCAAGACUACUCUGACCCUCGAGGCAUAAGGACUGCCUGGUCGAGUAGUGUCUUCGUACAUGGUCGCGAAUACCGGGCCCACCUCUGGCGAGACUACCGCUAUCUCGAACAGUCGCGUGAGGAGGCGGCUGAAGUAGCCUGGAAGACGUUGACCACCGUCCCCACCACGACUGUAGCAACCCAGGCGCAGUACGCUUACAAUCGUGGCUACACCACGACUCGCUAG